AUGUUAUUCCACCUAGUCAAGAAGAUGAGACCAUUCCAGUCCAUCUAUCUUCACGUCGAGCCCGACGAACAAACUAGACCACACUCCGCUUACGGCUCAGCUUACGGUUACAUUCAACGGCGGGAAACUUGUUUCAAUAAGUUGGUGGAUCUUUUUAAAGCCGCUACCAUACCGACAAUAUGCCUCUUAGUUGGGCUAGUGGCCGGAUACCGAUGGCAUGGUCAGGAUGCCAGAGGGGUUACCCACGAAGGAAUUUAUCCCUCAUCUGUCGAAGAGCGGCUGCCCGACGCCCGCUCCGGUGUGGUUCAAUUCGAUGCUCGGCUACAUCAUCCAACUCCCUACGGAGGGCCCCCGUCACCGACCGUGGAUCGGCUGUGGCGGGAUCUUGCCGUAAAUUGGACCGCAGUUUCGAUACCCGAACCGCUGGGUAACAGGGCGAACCUCGCCGGUUCGGCGCUCAUACGACGCGGAGAUAAAGACGGAAACCCCACCCUUCAGUACCUCGCCUCGGUCGAAGUAUUUCAUCAACUCCACUGUCUCGACUUGCUUCGGAAGGCCGCACAGCCAAACUACGACUAUUACUCUCAACUUGGGGAGCCCAUGUUUCACGACGACUCACUCUACCAGCUGAGCACGCACAUUGGUCACUGCCUCGACAUCCUGCGCCAGAGUCUGACAUGCAAUCCGGACCACGCUCUGAUAGGCUACGUCCACGUCGACGGCCAAGACUUUCCCGUGCCAAACUUUCCGUCGGUAAAACACCAGUGCAGUCCGCCGGAGCAAUUCGAGGAGUUGCGAAGGUGGACCAAGGAAAAGGCCGUGGAGGAGUUGACAUUGGGAGAUUUACUAGAUAAAACCGAUGCACGAAUCACCGUACUAAGCGAGGUUCCAUAA